AUGGCAGCUCCUCCAAGACCAACGCAUGAUUCCAGGCUGGCAUCCAGAUUGUGGAUGGUGGUUUCUGGUACUGUCGUUGUACUGUUACUUUUGUCUUCUUACUAUACGGGCAUUCUGAGAACACCGUUAGAUUACGCCGAGUCCAAAGCAGGUGACUUCUGCCGCAAAGCAACGGACCGAACAGAAAACGCAAAACCUCGAAAUUGUCAAGAUCCCUACCGCCGACCUGGCUUCCUCAUCAUCCCACCGAAUGAGACGGACUACAGGCAGACUCAGUGGAUGCCAUUCACCAAUACAUUUCUAGACUCCAGCCCAGAGUCGGCAGCAUACCCACCCAAGAAGGAAGAACUUAUCUUCAACGAUACUCAAGUCCCAGAAGAGUUCCUCAAAGGACCAGAAAUACCAAAGCAAUGGAUGCAGAUAGCUGUCGCAGAGCACAAACGUCGACUCAAAGCUCUGGAUAAUCCGCAUGCAACCGUUGACGACUAUGCUGCUAUGAAAGACCAGGGUGGACUCGGAUGGCUGUGGGGGCGCCGAGUCGUGGAAUUCGGCGACUCUGUUGAUAGAUACGAAGCCAGGUAUACCUGCAGGGAGUUCGACAACGAGAUGUAUUUCCCCAAGGUGCAUCCUAUUGAGAAGGUCCCCAAGGGCAUCUGCGAGAUCCCAACUUUCAACCUCACAUUUGUGGUUUUCCACUCCGCUGGUGGCUUUACCUACAGGCCCGACUGGUUUUGGUACAAGGAGAUGAGGAUCAUUCCCUUUGAGGAACGCUGGAAGACAGUCUGGAAGCCCCACGAGGCACCUAUUCAGGGACCAAACGGCCGGCCUGACCUAGUUCUAUGGCAGAAUGGCCUCUGGGACCAGCGCGGAUUCCAGGUCGGAGGCAAAAAGCAUCAUGAGCCCAACACAACCGUGGGUCUCUGGAGCCGAAAGCUGGUGUGGGAAGAACUAAACUUUUUCACAUCUCGCCUCAGGACGUAUGUAGAGAUGCUCAUCAGGGAGUUUCCAGAAUCGCCCAUGAUGUUCAGAACCUUGACCUACCACCAACACACAGGCAUGUCGGACGCUAUGAUGCCCGAGAUGGAUCGCGUCGGAAGAGCCAUGGCGGAGAAGUAUGGACACGAGGUAUUUGAAUGGGCUCGUAUUAUCCAACUGCUUGGGAAACACUGGGCAGAUCGCACGCAUCCUGCUGAAGGAGCAAUGAGUUGGCUGUGGGGAAAUAUGAUUUUGGAGUAUCUUGCGAGAUCUGCUGGAGCUGGAACGAAUGCUGGUGGUGAAAAGAGAUAUCCCUACUUUGAGGGGUGGGAUGCUUGUCAUGAGGAGUGUUUAUCUCAGGGUGGAUUUUGA